UUCAGCGUCACCAUAUUACAGCCCGCCGUACUCAAGUCGAAGUUUCGGGUAUACAAACGAGCAUGGCGAAGGAUUCCGGAGAAGGCGAACCGGUAGCUCGCACCUUGGUCUUAGACCUCAUCGAAGGAGUCCUCGUGCCUCCGAGGUCAUUCCGUAGGGACGUGCUCAGAGGCGCCCUGAUGUACGAGGCGCGCCCCGACGACAUCUUCCUGGCGACUUACCCGAAGACAGGAGCCACCUGGACCCAGUACACCCUAUGGUUCCUACUGAACCUGGACAACGACAAGCAGUCGCUAAUACCGACGUUCUCAGACAUCAUAACCAAGCAUUCGCCAUUCCUUGAACUGGUGGGUCGAAAAGUCGUCGAAGCCACCCCACCGCCUCGAGUCAUCAAGCACCACCUCACCUUCACCAUGUCACCAUACCAUCCCAAAGCGAAGUACGUCACCAUCGUGCGUAACCCGUUCGACUGCGUCGUCUCCUUCUACCACCACUGCAUGGGAGACCGGGUCAACCUGGGGAUGCGUGAGGACACGACGUUCGACGAGUUCUUCGAAGACUUCAUGGACGGCCACGUACUGUUCGGCCAUUACUUCGAGCACGUCCUCUCCUGGUACGCCCACAGGAACGACCCGAACGUCUUCUUCUUCUACUACGAGCGCUUCAAGAGCGACCCCAAGAAGACGGUGCUCGCAUUAGCCAAGUUCAUCGACGAGUCCAUCUGGCAGAAGUUACGCACGAACAAGGCGCUUCUGAGCGGCUUGUUAGAGCGCAUCUCUUUCGUCAACCUCAAGUCGGGCGUCAAGAUAGAAGGUGACGUCCACCAUGCGCUGACCAAUCACGAUGAUCACGAUGGCAAAGGUGACGAAACAACAGAUGAAAAGAAGGGGACCGGAAAAGCUUCAGAUGGUAACGACCCUGCCAAAUGUACAGAGACGCCAGAGAAAGAAGAGAUGGUGGCCUUGGCCAACUUCUUCCGCAAGGGUCAGGUUGGUGACUGGAAAAGCUACCUGAAGCCCGAACAAGAGAAGCGUCUUCGAGAAGUGUACGAAAAGCGCAUGCGCGGGACGGAGAUGUGGGACGUAUGGAAGGAUUACUUGGGUUACAACGACUGAGAAAUGGCCGCUGGCAGCGUUCUCUAGCCAGCAUCCUAGUCGAGCACGGAUGCAGAAAACUAAGCUAAGUACUGUACUUUUAGAACUCCGAAGUGUGAAGUUAGGCAUCAUAACGACGAGAAACCAAUUUCCAGCGCUUAAGUACUCACCACGCGGAUCGCGCACGGCCUUCUCAAAGACCACAAUUUCCCAGUCGCAUGUCUGAAC